AUGUCAAUGUUAACCACUCUGAUUUUGUCACUCUCUUUCUCGGAUUUUCUGAUUCUCCUUGCAUCUUUCCUUAUCAUCUACGUCACUAGAUUCUAUUUUUUAUAUUUCACUCGUGACAAUCCUCUUCCUGGUCCACUUCCACUGCCUAUAGUAGGCAAUCUCAUACAAUUACUUUCUGCUAAAGACACAAAUAGAUGGGCGUUAGAAUCCCAAGCUAAAUAUGGCGAUAUAUGGGAAGUAUAUGCCGGCAGAGAAAGGCAAAUCUGGCUGGCUCGAGCCGAUUUGGUGGAUAAUAUACUGAACUCGUCAAAAGACAAUAAAUACUUUAUCAAAACCCCGCAAAACACUGGACUCGAUUCAAUAGGAUUGUCAUCAAAUGGGUUGGUGUUUAAUCGAAAUAGAGCCAAGUGGUUCUUCAACAGAAGAAUUUUUGCUCAGGCUUUGGCCAGUCCAAAAUUCUCCAAGCAAUCCGCAAAGUGGAUUCAACAGAUAUUUUCUAAUAUGGAAGGAUAUCUAAUGGAAUUGCGUUUCGACGAAAAAGAUUUCAAUUUUGCUGAUUGGAUGUCUAGAUUUACCGCAGAUAUGACCUUUCUUAUAGCAAUGAACAAACACGCUUGCACGAUGGCAUCAUUAUAUAAUUCUUAUGCUCCAUCCAAUCCAGCUCCAUAUCCUCAAAAAGUUGUUAGUCAGGCAGAAGCAUUUAUUACUUCUCUGCAAAAGUUUGUCGGUACGGUAAGCUACUUCUUCUUCAUGCCCGAAAUAGUCCGCAACAAGACACCCUUUGGACGCAAACAAACUAAAAUUCAUAUGGACAAUCUGAACUGGUUGCAUAACACCCUGCUCGAGAUUAUCCAAGAAAAAAGAAAAGAGAUUGAGAAUGUUGCUGACAAGACCCAAUUGAAUUCCGAUUUUUUGACAUUGAUGAUUACUGCGAAUACACCAAAAGAUAUAACACAAAACCUUGGAAACACGACCAUCGAGGAGCCAUUGACGAAUGAGGAUAUCAAAGCUAGUCUGAUAGAAAUGUUGAGUGGUGGCAUUGAUACAACGGCGAAUCUUAGCUGUUACAUAGUCUACUUUGUAAUUAAGCAUCCAAAAGUCAAAGCACGUCUUCGACAAGAAUUUGAGACGGUUCUCGGAACGGAUCUUUCACGUCCCAUUAAAUAUGAGGAUUUGAAUAAAUUGGUGUAUACUGACGCUGUUAUCAAAGAGGCAGCGCGAUUAAUGCCGCCCUUUUCUUUAAAUCUCCGAACGCCUGAGGAAGAUGAUGUGAUUGGUGGAUAUCCUAUCAAGAAAGGCGAACAAGUAGUGAUUUGUAACCUGGGAAUUCACCGAAACUCAAAGCACUGGUCUAACUCAGAAACGUUCGACCCCGACCGGUUUCUGGAACCCAAAAAUCUUGAUAUUGCAAAAAACUCGUUUAUGAUGUUUGGAGGCGGCGUGCGUACAUGUCCUGGUAGGCAGUUGGCGAUGACAGAACUAAAGAUUAUCAUUGCUAUGAUUUUUCGUAAAUAUGACCCUGAAUUGGCCACGCCGGAUACUAAACCACAGUGCAAGAUUGAAGCUACUGAUGACUCGACGUCAAUCAUUCCACAAAAGAGGCCGGCUUCUCCGACAAGAGAUGGAACUCCCUUAUCCUCUGCACUUAGUAUUAAUACUAAUCCUUACCAACUGCCUGCCCCUCCCGGCAAACACUCUCGAUCGCCUCGAUCAACAACCAGGAGCGUGCCCGCUUUUCUUAACAAAUUGUACAAUAUGGUCAAUGAUCCUCAAUCGAAUGACUUGAUUCACUGGUCAGAAAGCGGCAAUUCAUUCUUAAUUACACGACCGCAGGAUUUUGCUCGCGUAGUCUUGCCUCGCUUUUUCAAACACAACAAUUUUAGUAGUUUUGUGAGGCAGCUCAACAUGUACGGAUUUCACAAAAUACCUCAUUUGCAACAAGGAGUAUUACAGGCUGACAUGCAAUCAGAGCAAUCAGAGUUUAGCAAUCCCAACUUUUUGAGAAAUCAACAAGACCUUUUAUACUUUGUCCAACGAAAGAAAGGGAAAGACACGGAGAAUGGCAAAGAUCCAAAUGAAAUAGAUUUAAACCACAUACUAAGCGAAAUUGCAUCCAUCAAAAAACAUCAAUUGACUAUAAGCAGCGAUCUCAAACAUAUUCAGCAGGAUAAUCAACUACUCUGGCAAGAGACAAUAACUGCAAGAGAACGACAUCGCAGGCAACAGGAAACAAUUGAUAAAAUUUUACGGUUUUUGGCUUCUGUUUUCUCGGUCGAUAAAAAGAGAGCAUUAAUUCCCAAGAAACGAAGAUUGUUACUCAAGGACGCAAUUAGUCAGGAAGAAAGUACAGACGCGCCAACAGAAACAACUGAAUUUGAUCCAAAUGCAUGGGAGCUCGACUUUAACAAUAGUGACACCACAAGUGAUCUGUCAAAUGAUUUUGCAGUACAACCGCAGAUGCCUCAGUUUGACUUUUUCAGUACUUUUGGCUCGACGCCCAAUGUUCCCGAAACUGAGGUGAACACAGACUUUCUUAAUGCAUCGGCGAACGCAUUGAUAUCGGCCAACCCUUCGUUGCUAGAGACAACUACAAACGACAUUAACAAUGUAGAUAACGCAAUACAUGAUAUAGAACAUCGAAUCAACACAGUCGAUAAUAAUCUUGAUUUUGUGGCUUCUUCACUCGGUUUCGAUCCUGACACUGGCGAAAUCGACUUGGAUGAUGAUGAUGAGAAUGGGAAUGACUUCUCAUAUUACGGUGCGAACUUACUUAAUGCUGCAACUGAUCAGGAUAAGCAAAUGCUGUUCAAUCUCAUAAGAGAGAAAAAAAUAAAUUAA